GGAAACCCUUGACUGAAAACCAAGAUUUUUGAACAGAAAUGUAGAGCUGAUCCAGAAGAGCUAAAGACAGAGCAUCCCAGUUACUAGCAAUUUCCCAAAAUCAGAAGAUGAUCCAGGCCCAGGAAUCCCUCACAUUUGAUGAUGUGGCUGUGGACUUCACCUGGGAGGAGUGGCAGCUCCUGGCCCCUGCUCAGAAGGACCUGUACUGGGACAUGAUGUUGGAGAACUAUAGAAACCUGGUGUCAGUGGGAUAUCAAGCCAGCAAACCAGAUGCACUGUCCAAGUUGGAACGAGGAGGAGAACUUUCGAUGAUAGAAGAUGAAAUCCACAGUCGAAUCUGCCCAGAAAUCAGGAAAGCUGAUGAUCCUCGGCAGUGUCACUUGCAAAAUCGAAGCAUUCAGAAGAGUGUGGAACAAUGCUAUGAACAUAAUACAUUUGCAAAUAUUCUUAAUCAGAGUGAAAGACAUUUCCUGUUAAAGCAAAAUUAUAUGUUUGACUUAUGUGAAAAACCUUUAAAAUCAAAUUUAAGUUUUGAAAGCCAGAGUAUAAACUCAAAGAACUCUACUGAGUUUAAUGAAAAUGGAAAAUCCCUUCUUCAUUCUAACCAUGAACAAUUUUAUAGUGUAAUUAAAUCUCCUGUAAACGUAAAACCCAUCAACAAUACUUCCCAGGUUUUUAAACAGCAGAGAACUCACAACAUGCAGAAAUCCCAUGUAUGUGGUGAAUGUGGGAAAACCUUUGUCAUGGUGUCUCAGCUUGUUGAUCAUCAGAGAGUUCAUACUAGAGAGAAACCUCAUGGGUGCAAUCUGUGUGGGAAAGCAUUCUCUAGAAAGUCCAGGCUAACUGAACAUCAGAGAAUUCAUACAGGACUGAAACAUUAUGAAUGUACUGAAUGUGACAAAACAUUCCUCAAGAAAUCACAGUUCAGUAUACACCAGAAAACUCAUUUGGGACAGAAGCCUUAUACGUGUAAUGAAUGUGGGAAAGCAUUCAUCAAGAAGUGUCAGCUUAUUUAUCAUCAGCGAACUCAUACAGGAGAGAAGCCUCAUGGAUGCAGCCUAUGUGAGAAAGCCUUCUCUACAAAGUUUAGUCUCACUACGCAUCAGAAAACUCAUACAGGAGAAAAACCUUAUAUAUGCAGUGAAUGUGGAAAAGGCUUCAUUGAGAAGAGACGUCUUGUUGCACAUCACCGAACUCAUACUGGUGAGAAACCUUUUAUAUGCAAUGAAUGUGGGAAAGGUUUCACCUUGAAGAACAGUCUUAUCACACAUCAGCAAACUCAUACAGAAGAGAAAUUGUAUACAUGUAAUGAGUGUGGAAAGGGCUUUUCAAUGAAGCAGUGUCUCAUUGUACAUCAGCGAACUCAUACAGGAGAGAAACCCUACACAUGCACUGAGUGUGGAAAAGGCUUCACCCUGAAGAGUCCUCUCAUCAGACAUCAGCGAACACAUACAGGAGAGAAACCCUAUGUAUGUAGCGUAUGUGGAAAAGGCUUUACCAUGAAGAGUGAUCUCAUUGUACAUCAGCGAACUCAUACUGCAGAGAAGCCAUAUAUAUGCAAUGAUUGUGGGAAAGGUUUCACUGUGAAGAGCCGUCUGAUUGUACAUCAGCGCACUCAUACAGGAGAGAAACCCUAUGUAUGUAGUGUUUGUGGAAAAGGCUUUCCAGCAAAGAUACGACUGAUAGGACAUCAACGAACUCAUACAGGAGAGAAGCCCUAUAUAUGCGCUGAAUGUGGAAAAGGCUUCACAGAGAAGAGUCAUCUCAAUGUACAUAGGCGCACUCAUACGGGAGAGAAACCCUAUAUAUGUAAUGAAUGUGGCAAAGGCUUAACUGGGAAAAGCAUGCUCAUUGCACAUUUGCGAACUCAUACUGGGGAGAAACCGUAUAUAUGCAAUGAAUGUGGAAAAGGCUUCACCAUGAAGAGCACUCUAGGUAUACAUCAGCAAACUCAUACUGGGGAGAAACCAUACAAAUGCAAUGAGUGUGAUAAAGCCUUCAGGAAGAAGACCUGCCUCAUACAACAUCAGAGGUUACACACCGGAAAAACUUCCUUUGCAUGUACUGAAUGUGGAAAAUUUUCUUUGCGCAAAAAUGAUCUCAUUACCCAUCAGAGAACUCACACAGGAGAGAAACCAUAUGAAUGCAGUGAUUGUGGGAAAGCUUUCACUACAAAGUCAGGGCUCAAUGUUCACCAAAGAAAACAUACAGGAGAGAGGCCCUAUGGCUGCAGUGAUUGUGGGAAAACUUUUGCCCACUUGUCAAUCCUUGUUAAACAUAAGAGAAUUCACAGAUAUUCCAAGUUUGUUAUUGCAGAAUACUUGAAACCGUGUCACAAUCGAGUAACGUUGCAGGACACCCAGCUGGUGUCCUGGAAAUCCCUUCAAACAUCUCGUGACCAGAAGUGUCCUGUGGCAGGGAGGGUGGUGGCAGCCAUGCCACUCCAGUCAGAAGCGCCAGACAUGCUCCGUGAGGGAACGGUGGUCACCUCACAGCCGCGGGCUCUCAGGCCCCAAGCGAGGGGCGCGCGCUUCCUGCAGGACCCGAGGCCGCUAGUCUCCCUCCUGGCAGCCCCCGACGUCCCCAUCGCUGGCCCGCGGGGCGCGGAGAGCCUAGCAGUCCGACGCAGUUGGGAGAGCGCGCUGGGGGUCUGGUGCGCCCAACUGGGUGUGGGUCUCAAGCAAGGGGCCCGGCGGAGUAGAUCCAGAAACACAAAGCAGAGCUUCUCCACUGCCAGCUGUGUUCAGAGAGCAGAAAAAAUGAUCCAAGCUCAGGAAUCUCUGACAUUUGAUGAUGUGGCUGUGGAGUUCACCUGGGAGGAGUGGCAGCUUCUGGCCCCCUUUCAGAAGAACCUGUACCGGGAUGUGAUGUUGGAGAACUAUAGGAACCUGGUGUCAGUGGGUUUUCACACCAGUAAACCAGAUGUGCUCUCCAAGUUGGACCAAGGAGAACCAACAUGGACGGUGGAAAAUGAAAUCCCCUGUCGAACCCGUUCAGAAAUCUGGAAACUUGACUAUUUGCCAGAGCACUUACAAAACAAAAUCAUGGAGAAUAAUCUUGAACAAUGGCAUGAACUUAAAACAUUUGAAAAUAAUGUUCAUCAGAGCACAACUCAUUUCAUGUUAAGGCAAAAUCAUGAUAUGUAUGACUUAUAUGGAAAAACUGUAAAGCCAAACUUAACUUUAUUUAGCCAGAGCAGAAGCUGUGAAAUAAAGAACCCUGCAGAUCUUACUGGAGAUGGAAAAUCCUUUCUACAUGCUAAUAAUGAACAAUUUCAUACUAAAAUUAUAUUCCCUGAAAGCAGAAAACUUAUCAGUACUAAGUCCCAAUUCAUUAAGCAUCCGAAAAAGCAAAAAAUAGACAAGACUCAUGUAUGUAAUGAAUGUGGGAAAGCCUUUAUCAAGAAGUCAUGGCUCACUGAUCAUCAGAUCAUUCAUACAGGAGAGAAACCCCACAGGUGCAGUCUGUGUGGGAAGGCAUUCUCCAGAAAGUUCAUGCUCACUGAACACCAAAGAACACAUACAGGAGAAAAACCGUAUGAAUGCACUGAAUGUGGCAAAGCCUUCCUGAAGAAAUCACGGCUCAAUAUACAUCAGAAAACGCAUACAGGAGAGAAACCAUAUAUAUGCAGUGAAUGUGGAAAAGGCUUCAUCCAGAAGGGAAAUCUCAUUGUACAUCAGCGCAUCCAUACUGGAGAGAAACCUUAUAUAUGCAAUGAGUGUGGGAAAGGCUUCAUCCAGAAGACGUGCCUCAUAGCACAUCAAAGAUUCCACACAGGAAAGACUCCCUUUGUGUGCAGUGAAUGUGGAAAAUCCUGUUCCCAGAAGUCAGGUCUCAUUAAACAUCAAAGAAUUCACACGGGAGAGAAACCCUUUGAAUGUAGUGAGUGUGGGAAAGCCUUUACCACAAAGCAAAAGCUCAUUGUCCAUCAAAGAACUCACACAGGCGAAAGACCCUAUAUCUGCAAUGAGUGUGGGAAAGCUUUUGCCUACAUGUCCUGCCUCGUUAAACAUAAGAGAAUACACACAAGAGAGAAAUGUGGAGAUUCAGUCAAAGUGGAAAAUCCUCCCUCAGAGAGUCAUAGCUUAUCACAGACCAGUGGUGCCAUGCAGGGGAAAGACCUUGUUAAUACAGUGACUAUGCAAGUGCCUUCUGUGGCUUGUCAGACGCCAUUACACAUCAGUGGGCUCUUAGCAAAUAGGAAUGUGGUCAUAGUGGGACAGCCUGCAGCCAGAUGUGCACCCUCAGGAGACAACAGAGGAUCUGCACAGGACAGAAACCUUAUGAAUGCAGUGAAUGUGGUUGUGCCUUCAGUGGUUAAUUAUGUCCUAUUUUAUGUUGCAGAAAACCAGUAGGAAAAAAACUCAGAAACAUUCUGUGUGGAGAAGGGUUGCACAAAAGUUUCUAGGUCAUAUUAUGUCAGAAAAGUAUAUUCAGAGAGAAACUGUAAAUUCUGAGGCUAGGAAAGCUUGAUCUCAUCCUAUUAAAAAUAUGUAUUGAUACACAGGCGUAAUCUGAUGUUAACUCAAAUACAUACACACACCUCAGUUGCUCCAUUUGUGUCUGUUAAAGGAAUGAAGGAAGUCUUAGUUCAAUAAGUGGAGGAAAUAGGGGGAUCCCUGGGUGGCGCAGCAGUUUGGCGCCUGCCUUUGGCCCAGGGUGUGAUCCUGGAGACCUGGGAUCAAAUCCCACGUCGGGCUCCCCGUGCAUGGAGCCUGCUUCUCCCUCUGCCCGUGUCUCUGCCUCUCUCUCUCUCCCUGUGUGACUAUCAUAAAUAAAUAAAAAUUAAAAAAAAAUAAGUGGAGGAAAUAGGUGAAUUUUAAAAACACACAAGUAAGUGUGCCUGGAAUACUGCUAUGAAUGAAAAAUCAGGAAAGGGAUAAUAUUAGGUGGGUGGGAUAUGGGGCAUGUAUAUAGCAAUUCGGUUUCUACAGGCCAAGGUAAAGGAUUAAUUGGAAACUAAACUCUUGGAAGUUUAUUUUAUGCAGAGGCACUUAAUGAAACAGCAGCCUUAGGUUGAGUCAGUUCAUUCAUUUACCGAAUAUUUGUUAAAUACUCCCUUUGUACUGGGUUUUGUUUGAGGAGCUGAGGAUACAGUGGUGACCAAAACAAAAAGCCCAUGGUUUCUUGGAGAGAGCACUGAGGUAACUGGAUUAUUUUUUAGUGGUACAUUUACUCAGCUUAUCUAGUAAGAGGAUGUAAAUAUCUGUAUUACGUGAAAUACUGUCUUGGUUCAUUCUGGCUGUUAUAAGACCAUACAGUAGCCUGUAUGGCUUACAGAGAAAGAAAUUUAUUUAAAAAAAAAGUGCAAAGUUCCUCUAUAAUGAAAGUUUCAAAACUUUCUAAAUGACAUAUGAUAAGUCUUGAAUAAAUAAUGAAAACAAAUUAUUUCUGUUUUGGAAGCUGCAAGGUCUAAGAUCAAGGUGCUGGCAUAUUUGGUGUCUAUGGAAGGUCAGCUUCUUGCCUCACAAGGUACUCAUCUCAUUGUGUCCUCACAUAGGGGAAGGGGAGAGGCAUUUUCUGCGAUGUCUCACAGGGGUACUAAUCCUAUUCAUGAGUGUUCUAUCAUCAUGACUUAAUCACCUCUUAAGGACCCACUUCUAAAUACCAUCAUAUUUGUGACUAGCUUCAAUAUAUAAAUUUGGGGGGGGGGAUACAAACAGUCCACAGAAGAUAAUGGAGUACAUAAGUCCCCUCUUAUAUGGGGGAUAUGUUCUAAGACCCCCAGUGGAUGCCUGAAGCUAGGAUAGUGCUGAACUCUAUAGUUUUUUCUUUUUUUUUUUUUUUUUAAGAUUUUAUUUAUUUACU